GCAUGCAUUGUGACACGAAGUUCUUGAGUUUUUUCCAUCUCUUUUUUCACCUUAUUGUUGUGAACUCAAACGCAUUGCUUAUUAUUAUCAUUGUUGAGUCAGAUACAUUUGGUAUUUUUGGAGAAAUUUGUGGAGGGGAAGCUAAGAGAUGGCAACGAUGGAGGUUGCGGGGAUAGAUCGGAAUGCAGCCUCCUCGCCGGAGGCGCCGCUUGCACCGGAGACUUAUGAAAGGAAACUUAGGACUGAUUUGGAAACUUCUAUUCCAAAGCCUUAUCUGGCGAGGGGAUUAGUGGCUCCUGAUAUGAACCAUCCCCAUGGAACUCCUGGCCAUAGGCAUUACGGCAUGAGCGUUCUUCAACAGCACGUCGCGUUCUUUGACCAGGAUGAUAAUGGCAUUAUUUAUCCAUGGGAAACUUACUCCGGACUUCGUCAAAUUGGCUUUAAUAUGAUAGCAUCUCUCAUAAUUGCCAUCGUCAUCAAUGCUGGUUUGAGUUAUCCUACUUUGCCGGGGUGGUUUCCAUCUCCUUUUCUACCGAUAUAUAUUCACAAUAUACACAAGGCCAAGCAUGGAAGUGAUACUAGCACCUAUGACAGACAGGGAAGGUUCUACCCUGUGCAUUUCGAGAAUACUUUUAGCAUGUACGCUCGCACGCUGCCUGAUAAGCUUACUCUUGGAGAACUCUGGGAAAUGACUGAAGGCAACAGGGAAGCGUUCGACUUAUUUGGCUGGAUCGCGAGCAAAAUGGAGUGGGGAGUUUUGUAUGUUCUUGCUAGAGAUCAGGACGGUUUUCUAUCGAAAGAAGCUAUAAGGCGUUGUUUCGAUGGAAGUUUGUUCGACUAUUGUGCAAAGAUACAAAUGGAAAAUGAAGGAUGGUUGAAGGAAGACUAGUUAUCAAGACACUAUUAUAAAUCAACAUUGUAAUAAACUAGGCAAUAGCCUAGAAUUGAACUUGUAUAAUUUGCCAUCUUUUGACUGCUUGUAACAUCACCCAAAUUCGCGUUGCAUUGAGUUAAAUGGAAUCUUAGUGUGUUUCGUCA